AUAGGACGCGAGUAUCCUACCCUAAUAUCUGAAUAAAGUUUUUGUUAAUUUUUUUGUCGUAUUUUUUACGAAUCAAGUUGAGUAACGUGCCCUACAUUGGAACAAUAAAACGCAAAUAUCGAUCGGCAGUUAAAUGCGUAUUUCGAAGCAUGCGCGUAUCCGCGGUCACUCCACUUGUUCAAUCAUGUUUUACCGAAUUUUACAUAUUCUUUUAAGUUUCGUAACAAUUUUUUAUUGUGUCAACGGCGAAAAUGUAUCCCGGAAAAGCGACAGGCGUGCGGACGUCAAUUUGCAGUUGUGUGUUGAAAGCUUUGACAUCCACAAAGAUAAAAUUAUCAGAACUGAAGAUUCCAGAGAGAUGGGGGCCAAGUACAUUAACGAAAUAGACUUGGAUUCCCGAAAAGAAUGUUUACGACUUUGUUGCGAAACAGAACAAUGCGAUGUCUUCGUUUUCGAAGAAAAGAGACCCGGGAGCUGUUAUCUUUUCCAUUGUGGUCCGCCUGAUGACUUCAAGUGCAAGUUUACAAGCCAUUCAAAUUACACUAGCGCUGUUCUGACCACAAAUAUUAACACUCAAAACACUGUGGAACUAGAACAACAAAUUCGGAGAACUCAACAAGAUCAUGAUCUCGAAUCUCUAAGAAAGCUGGCAGAUAAUGUUCCUGCUGAAUAUGCCGCUCCUGAAGCUACUCCUGCUGCAGUUACUGCAGCACCGAAAGUGUUAGUACUUUCAACAACAGCAAUUCCAAUUAGACCAGCGUGCAGCCGGAAUCAGUUUGAGUGUCGUACAUCAGGAGACUGUAUUGCUAUAUACAAUGCAUGUGAUGGCGUUCCGCAAUGCGCGGAUGGCUCUGAUGAAGCAGCAGAGUUGGGCUGUCCUACUGAAAAACCUUCAGUUCCAUCACCAAUUGCAAUACAACAACCCCUAUCAGCUCCAGCAAAUUCGCUGAAAUAUCAGCAAACAAUUCAGCACCAUAAACCUUAUGAUCCAGAAUAUGAGCAUCAAGAGAAGAAUUCAAGGCCGUGGCAACCCUCUGCUCAUCAGUUGAUUCCUCAACAAGAAAGAAUACCGUAUCCGCAGCAAGUUGUUAUUUCACAACCACAAGUAAAUUUAGGUUCCCAAAGAUAUCAGUGGGAAUAUCAACCCUUAUAUGAGCAAAACAAAGGAACUUUCAAUUCAAUCAAUUCAUUUCGUGGACAAAACAACAUGAUCCCAUACGAGCAGGAACAGUCGCACAUCUUCAAUCAUAAGGGCCCAGGAGUAAUUGGUGAAGAUGGCGUUGGUGGGGCUUACAUAGAUCAAACUCGACAAUAUGCAGCAUACUAUCCUCCAGAUCGUGGUAAUUGGCAGGAGGGUCAGCCUCAACAACUGCCUUCAAUAUCUCCAACACAGCUACAUAAAUCGCCUCUUUUACCUAAAUUACUAAAGCCUGAAGUUACAGCUGAAACCCCACCAUGCAAACCAGAGGAAAACCAAAAAAAGCCUCCAGAAGCUAUUGAUGUAGCAAAUCUAAGUAAAUCUGUGGAACAAGAGAAUUCUAUCAAUUCAAAAGUAACAAGUAAACCUGCAGGGACUACAAAUUCACAAGAAAAAGAUAAGGCACAUCAUAAUACAGUACAGACAGAUAAACCACACAACCAUAACGAAGCAAAGGUUUUUACCGGACACCUGGUGGAACAAAAACCCAAUCAUUUGAUCAUGGAACGUCUACAAAACAGCAACGAGGAUGCAGACCUCAGACCAAGGGGUGCCGUAAUAUCUUUAGCAUUAGGAUUGACAACAACUGCAAUGAUGGCAGCUUUAAUAGCAUGUCGAUUGAGGGUGGUUAGACGUCGUGGACGUCGUGGACAAGGGCCUUACGCGCAUGAUGCUGAUUACUUAGUCAACGGAAUGUAUCUUUAAACAAAUGCUAGUUGAAGUAUUAUAUUAAAAUUGUUAAAAACAAAAAUAUACAUUAAAAUGAUUGGAUACAAUCAUGUUUAUUCGGUUGAGGCAUCGUCUGCGGCAAUAAAUUCUUUUCCAUAAAA